CACAGAACUGCUGUAGCUCAGUUGUUCCAGUAAAAGCAGUAAACACGCCCAUUUUGCCUAAUCUUUCGACGGGGAAGUGAGUUAAGGGGGUGGUUGUGUUCCCAAAAGCUCCCUCAGUGCCACCAGUGCGUAUGCAUGUAAACUCGGUUAAACUAAAUGUGCUAAACCAACAGAUCUGACUUUUUUAGCGGUCAAUCCUUAGGAUCACCUGGAAGUCAUUUUAUUCUACUUGCUGCCAAACACAACGAUUAUUGGGAUGGGUACCUUAAUCCUCAUCCUGCAACUAGUCCUUUUAUUGAAUUUUGGCUUCAUUGACUCUUCUGAAGAUCCUACAAGAGCAGAACCUAACCUGGAUCUGCAAUGCCUGAAUGAUUUCCUAACAGAGAUGAUGUGCCUUUUGAUCUCGCAGAGUGACCUUGACAGUUGCUCUGGAUACAGUCUGAACGAGUCUCGCCAUGAUAAAUCAUAUACAUGUGAUUUCAAGCGAUUUAAUUCCAGUACAUGCGAAUGCUCAGUUCAUGUGAACUCUAGCUUUGUUCUGGGUGAGAACUACAAGUUUAACGUGUUGAGAUGGAACAACUUGUUGUUCACUAAAAAUGUCAGCACUACAGAAAGCAUUAAGCCUAAAAAACCAGUCAUUGUGUCAGUCAGUCAGACACAGAAUGGAAACUUUCGCAUUGUCUGGGAUAGCAUAUAUAGGACUGAAGAAACAGUAUUCAGCGAAGGCCUGAUUCCAGAGCUCAUUUAUUAUAUCGAAGGAAGCAAUGGAAGUAAAAAAAAUGAGACAUUGGCAUUAAACCAGUGGAAAUAUGAGCUUGUAGGCAGAAACCUUGAGUCAGCUUCCAACUAUAUUGUGAGGGCCAGAGUGAAAUCAAUCUUAAAUUUUAGAUUCAGUGACUACAGUGAUCCAUAUAGGUUUACCACACCCUCAUCUCCAAAGGACCUUCUCAAGAUAAUAAUUCCCAUCGUGUGUGUAAUUCUGAUCAUCUGCAUAUUCACCAUCUACUACUCUUACAACAAAAUCCUGACAGAGUGGUGGGACAAGAUUCCUACUCCGAAAAUAGCUACUAGUUUUGUAAAACAGGUCCCAAACUUGCUGUCAUUUCAAAAUGAGUUCUCGCCUGUCCAUCUCGACUCUUCAAAACUGGUCCACUCUGGGGAGAAGACAUGGCCAGCGUCUUCCCUAGUAGACAUCGGACGUGAAAAUAGCCUCAACAGCCUUGGUAAAGAUGGCACUUCAGCUGAAGUGAUUUACGGCCAAACAGGCAAUGAGAGUUUAGAAGAAAACAGCAGUGAAAAUAUCACGCACUGGGAACCUGUUAAAGAAGCUCAGUCAACAUUCCUUCGACCAAUGCCAAUGUCAAACAAAUAUUAUAAAAACCUGAAAUCAGACAGUGAUGAUUGCAAUGUCCAAAGGGAGAGUGGGAAUAGCUCUGGCUUCAGUAACAAGUUCUAUAUGAUGUCUGACUCUGACAAGUUUCCCAACCCAGCUAUUAACCACUUUAUCAGUGACUUUAAUGUGAGUGAGAAUGUGUUUCCUGCUCUGGCUAAAAACCUAGACCCAGUGAUACUGACAGACUUUGAGUACAGGCCGUGUACCGGUUGCGCAUUGUCUGAAAACACCAGCCCGACUCAGUUCACAUCCUACACCAAUGACAUUGCUGUGGUUCCUGGAUAUCAGAGCGUCAGUGAGGUUAGAGAUUGUGCAUCUACAGAUCAAGCAUUUAUCAGCUCUCAUAAUGAUGUUAAUCUGAUCAUGGAAAAGCUUCUCCACUGCAAAAACCCACAGAAUACUUCCUGUGACACCACCAUCAUCCCAGUCGAGAACGGCUAUAAAGAUUUUCAGAGCUUACUCCGAAAUUCGGGAGAACAGCAGAGCUUCACCACUGAAACCGAAUUAAAAGAUCUUUGUGGCCCGACUUUGCAUACUUCUCCAGGUAUUCAAAUUGACUGUUCCUAUCACAGGGUUUGAAUUCCCAGCACAGAAGAGAAUUUCCAUAAUUGUAUUUACAGAAAAGACAUAGCAUGUUUAAAUAUCAUUUUUAAUCCACUACCAAUUAAGCAGUGAACUCAUGCUUAAAAAAAAAAAAGUGUGUAUUCUUACUACAGACUUGCAUACAACUCGAUAAACACAGUACAGUAAAACAGAAUGACUUUGGCAGGAAAAAAGUUAAAUGUCUAAUGUUAAAGUAGAAGUGUGAUAGAAGUAUCUGCUAUAUUAUAGUAUUGUGGUCAGUAACGCAACAAAAAACAAAUAAUAAUUACAAAUGGAUUAUACAUUUAGAUAUGGUAAAGUAAAACGUCACUGAGGAAAGAUAAAGAAGUACAGUUUUGUGGUGUAUAAUUACAGAACUUGUGAAGCAUGUGUAAACCAAGUUGCCUUAUCACUUCCUCAGUGUCUCUCACUUAAAAAUGGUGAUCCUCUCUCGUGUAAUGACAUCACAAUUUAACAUGAGAUCUAAGAUAAGACAGCACACAUUUGACCCUGUAGAAUUAUUAAGUAUAGAUAAACAACUACAGAGCAGAUUUUCCAGCUAAAUAUAGUAAUGUGAAUAUCCAUGUUUAUUAUUAUAUAGUGUACUAGAAGCCAGGAAUCUGAAAGACAAACAUUUCAUCCGAAGCGUCAUGGGAAUAUUAUCCAUGAUGGAUUGUUACGUAGGUGUUAUGCAUCUGAAAAGACUUGAACAAACUAGUACAAUCUGUUAGUUCCUCUGAAUGCAAAGUUACCCUUUUUAAGGAAAGACCUGGUCAUAGAAUGUACGUCAUGGAAUAUAAACUGUAACUGUGUAAAUCUUUUGAGAUUUUAUCAAUGCUGCCAUAUGUGAUUACUGUACACUGUAUAAUAGAAAUAGUUUUUGCCUUUGAAUAUUCGGUUUCCUUUCAGAGUUGUUUUUGGUGGCAGGGCUGUUCUGUUUUUUCUCAGCUUGAGUUGGUCUUCCCAAACACUAAGGGUGAGUGUAGAACAAGGCUUGUUAUGAUCUGUUCAAUGUUAUCGCCACUGUUAACAGUAAAGGGACAUCUUUGGACUAAGUGAAUAAUUACGAUUGGGUUCUGCAGAGGUCAAAGCACAGACAUAAAGAACUCCAACCCCAAUUCCGAAAAUGUUGGGACAGUAUGUAAAAUGCAAAAAAAACAAACAAAAAGUGUCAUUUGAAAAUUCAGUUCACCCUGUACUAUAUUGAAAACAAAUCAUUAUCACAUUAUGCGAUGUUUUACUUUGUGAAUUUAAUUUCUUUUUGAAAAUAUACACUCAUUUCAAAUCUGAUGACUGCAACACACUCUCAACACACAAAUUUGGGACAGUUUACCAAUGUUUAAAAUCACCUUUUCUUUUAAUAACACUUAUUAAGUGUUUGAGCACCGAAGACACCAGUUGGUUAAGUUUAGCAAGCGGAAUUUCCCCCAUUCAUCCAUUAUGCAUUUCUUCAGCUGUGGUUUUUAAUUCUGUUACGUCUGAGGGAUCGGAGAUCACGCGCAUUCAGAAGUGGUUUUCGGCCGUGCCCUUUACGGGCCGAGAUAUGACCGGAUUCCUUGAAUCUUUUCAUUAUAUUGUGCACUGUAGAAGGUGAAAUGCCCAAAAUGUUACCGAUUUCCUUUGGGGAAUGUUGUUCCCGAAGUGUUGGAUUAUUCGCUGAUGCAUCUGUUUGCAGAUUGGCGAGCCUUGACCCAUCCUUGAUCUUGAAGGACUAGGCCUUUUUGGAGGCUCCUUAUAUACUAUGAUUAGACGAUUGCCUCACCUGUUUCACAUCACCUUCUUAUUUCAACUUGUCACAUUGCUAUUAGUCUUAAAUUGCCCCUGUCCCAACUUCUUUGGAACGUCUUGCAUGCAUCAAUUUCAAAAUGAACAUUUAUCUUCAAAAAACUAUGCAGUUCAUUAGGUAAAACAUCAGAUACCUUGUCUUUAUAAGUUUUUUGUUUAAACACAAGUCAAAGUACAUUUAUAAAUCUCUCCUUUUUAUAUUAUUAGCAGUUUCCAUACUGUCCCAACUUUUUCGGAAUUGGGUUUGUAAGAUUACUGAUAAGCAUCAGCAAUACAAGAGAACACAAGACAAGAAGGGAAUGUACUGUAUACACAGGCUCAGGAAGCACUGUGAACAAACUGGACAGAGAUACUAAAUCGUUAAGGACGUGUCAGGGUGGAGCUGGAACAGAGCCUGAGAAACUGACACCUGUAAAGAUGUAUAGUACCACAAUUAGUUUCUCUUGAAAUCUCUUGAACAUUUCAGCAAAGGGUGGAGUGGCAUAGCGGAAAGCGUUGAGGCCUCAAAACUCCAGGGUCUUCAGUUCGAUCCUCCACUCAGGUUAAUGGGGCUCAUUCUUCAGGCUGGAUACAAACAGAUUAAUACUUUAAAAUAGUUUUUACAUAUAGCAUUUAGACAAGAAAUUUGGUAUUCAUGAAAAUUCUGUAAGUUCGAUUAAAAAAAAGUUUCUAUUUUA